CCCACUCACAGCAACCCAAGAGUCUGACGACUGGCCCUCCAGGACCAGGUGCCACAGCAAGAACUCUGGCAUUCGCUAGCCCUAAUGUCAGACAAGGCCAGUUCAGGGUCCAGCCCCACUGAGGGCUUCAGCCCGGAGCCUGCCAACGAGCUGGGAGAGAUCCACAACUGGACGGAACUGUUGUACUUCUUCAACCACACUUUGCCCCAGUGCCAUGUGGAGUUGAGCGAGGAUGUCAAGCGCGUGGUCCUCUUUGUCCUCUACCUGGCCAUCUUUGUGGUAGGGCUGGUGGAAAACCUCCUGGUCAUCUGUGUGCACUGGCGCUGCUCCGGCCGUGCAGGGCUGCUGAGUCUCUACAUCCUCAACAUGGCCAUUGCUGACCUGGGCGUUGUCUUGACCCUGCCCGUGUGGAUGCUUGAGGUCACCCUGGACUACACCUGGCUCUGGGGCAGCUUCUCCUGCCGCUUCACCCACUAUUUCUACUUUGCCAACAUGUACAGCAGCAUCUUCUUCCUGGUGUGCCUCAGCGUGGACCGUUACAUCACCCUUACCCGCACUUCACCCUUCUGGCAGCGUUCCCAGCAUCGGGUGCGCCGGGCUGUGUGUGCUGGUGUCUGGGUACUCUCAGCCAUCAUUCCGCUGCCCCAGGUGGCCCACAUCCAGCUAGUGGAGGACUUGGAGCCCAUGUGUCUCUUCCUGGCACCCUUUGAAAGCUAUGACACCUGGGCCCUGGUGAUUUCGCUCUCCACCACCAUCCUGGGCUUCCUGCUGCCCUUCCCUCUCAUUGCCAUCUUCAAUGUGCUGACAGUCUGUCGGCUACAGGGGGCAGGUCAGCCUGCCCGUCGGCGUCACUGUCUAUUGGUAUCUGCCUAUGUGACCGUCUUUGUCAUCAGCUGGCUGCCCUACCACGUGACCAUGCUGCUGCUCACUCUGCAUGGGACCCAGAUCUUCCUCCACUGUUACCUGGCCCACAUACUCUACUUCUUCUAUGACAUUGUCAGCUGCUUCUCCAUCCUCCACUGCAUGGUCAAUCCCAUCCUUUAUAACUUUCUCAGCCGCAACUUCCGGGGCCAGUUGCUGAGCGCUGUGGUCCACUACCUCCCCAAGGUCCAGGCCCGGACAGGCAGGCAUGCUUCUUCCUCCUCCUCCUCAACGCAGCACUCCAUCAUCAUCACCAAGGAGGGCGUCCAGCCCACUGCCGCAAACCCCCACCAUCCUCUGAGCCUGAACUCCCAGGCACCAAACACCUCCCCACUCUCUGCUCCUCCAUCGCUCUCAGCCAGCUGAGGCUGAGACGUUUCUUUCUCCAUCAGUGAAGCAGGAAGCUGGAACUAGGUGAGAGAUGGGGGGCAGGGAGGUGGGGGUGGGCAGGCAAGGGUCAGAGCACUCAUGGUCAACUGAAUUCAUCUGAAAAUACCAAAGUGGGAAGAGGGAGAAGGGGCCAAGGGGGAACACACCCUUGGCAUUGUACUAAUUCAUAGUCCCUAUUUCUCAGAAAAUCGUGCAGGAAAAAAGGUGAAAUAAAUAUUAGAGCAGCCAUGACUCUGGAUCUCUAAAACAUGCACUUACAGUCGGACUGGGGAAGGGCGCUCAAGCUAAACAGUGCUCAGCAGGAAGCAGACACACUCAUUUCAGAAAUCACACAGCCAGAAAGAGGGAGUGCUGCAGGAACCUCGCCAAGUUUUCCUUUUGUUUGUGCAUUUGUUGCUUUCCCAGCACAUCGUGUGAGCUGUGGGGACAAGAGGCCAGAGGUCAAGGAAGCAGGAGGCCCAGUCGGAAGCUUCCUCAUGUGCAUCCUCGGGGUUACGAUAAAUGCGGGCGAGGGAGAGGCAGAGGCUGAGACAGACCUUCAGCUGGAAGAGCAGAAAGCAGUCUCUACUCCCACAAGCCAGGAAGCUGACCCACUUCCUCGCUGACAUUCUCCCCCUAGUCCAUCCGCUCCCCUCCCCUCAGGGCAGAAGACUCCAUCCCAGAAUCAGUGCUCCUCAAAGUCCAUCCCCUUUGACUUUGCCUCCAGGAUAUUUCCAGGCCUGCAGGAAGAGAUGCUAGAACUCCACUCCCAUCCUUCCCUUUCUCUCCAGAUUGCAAGGAAAUCUCAAAUGAUAGCACUGUGAGAGUGACACAGGAUCAGCUCACAGCAGGCACUGAGAGAUACUAGCCCUCAGC